UCGUAGGAAUAUUUCCCACGAUGUUGGUCCUGUGACACACUGCCACACUUUCCCACGCAAGUGAAAGCCCGAUCCUCCUUAAGCGCGCGUGCUGUUUCGCGGGGAAAAGGCAGGCCAGUCGAGCAAGAUCAUGUGAGAGUCCACGCGCCGAAAGAAGGUUACAGCAGCGAGCGAUAAGAGACAGUGAGCACCAGUACAGGAACGAGGUGGGAAGACCAGGAGUUCGUCACAAUAUUUCAUUGUGAACAGUCACAGGAAGAAUACUUGUGCUACACGGAGUAAAUACGUUAACAAACUUAACCUAUUCGUUUGAUAUUUUGUUUGCUUCACAUACCAGCUAUUAGAACACCUAUUAGGAUUUGUUGUUUUUACUUUCAACAGCUCCUUUUCGGAGCGAAAAAGCGUGUAUCAUCUUUAUAUUCCUUCGUUUUAUUUUCUUUACGUUGAGUUUGCGACUCAAAUAUAAUAACAGCAAGAAUAUGAGAGCACAAAUUGAAGUAAUACCCUGCAAGAUCUGUGGGGACAAGUCAUCAGGGAUCCACUAUGGUGUAAUCACCUGCGAAGGCUGCAAGGGCUUCUUCCGACGCAGCCAGCAGAACAAUGCUAUAUACUCCUGUUCCCGGCAGAGGAACUGUCUGAUUGACCGCACCAAUCGGAAUCGCUGCCAACACUGCCGGCUGCAGAAGUGCCUGGCCCUAGGCAUGAGCCGUGAUGCGGUGAAGUUUGGCCGCAUGUCCAAAAAGCAGAGAGACAGCCUGUAUGCUGAGGUCCAGAAGCACCAGGCAUCCCAGGAGUUAACUGCCGCCCGUGAGGAGGGAGGCGAGGUCGGAGGUCACAGCCGGGCAUACAGCAGAGGCUCCAGUGCCGCCCUCAGCGACCUUGAUGACAUCACCUUGCCAGACGGCCUACUGUGUGACCUGCCAGUGACACCAGAGGGCGCUGAAAGAGAGUACUGCAAUCUGGAAAUGAUGGGGGGAAGCGGGGGUAGCAGCUCCUCCUCUCAAAGCUCGCCCGAACAGAACGGACUGGACUUCGGAGACAGCAACCACCACAUCAAGCACGAGUACCAGCUGCUGCACGAGUCCAGCCUGUUCACACACGCGCUGCUCAACCCUCUAACCGAGGGAUUCUCCAUGCUCGAGAUCGAACGUAUAACUGCUAGUGUGGUAAAGUCUCACAUAGAGACCAGUCAGCAUGGCAGUGAGGAGCUGAAGAGGCUUGUCUGGUCCCUGUACACUCCUGAGGAGACACGCAGCUUCCAGAGCAAGUCUGCGGAGGUCAUGUGGCAGCAGUGUGCCAUCCACCUCACCAAUGCCAUCCAGUACGUGGUGGAGUUUGCCAAGCGCAUCAAUGGAUUCCUGGAUCUCUGUCAGAACGACCAGGUCAUUCUUCUCAAAGCAGGAUGUCUGGAUGUGCUUCUGAUUCGCAUGUGUCGAGUCUACAACCCCAUCAACAACACUAUUCUGUUUGAUAGCAAGUUUGCUAGCGCACAGACCUUCAAAGCUCUUGGUUGUGAUGACCUUGUGGGUGCUGUGUUUGACCUGGCCAAGAGCCUGAGUCGUAUGCAGCUCUCUGAAGAGGAGAUGGCUCUGUUCAGUGCUUCUGUUCUCCUGUCACCAGACCGACCAUGGUUGACAGACAGGCAACAGGUACAGAAGCUUCAAGAGAAAGUAUAUCUGGCUCUGCAACAUUGUCUACACAGAGGUGGCUCAUCAGAGGAGAAACUGGCAAAGAUGGUGUCCAAGCUUCCCAUGAUGAAGUCCAUCUGCAAUCUCCACAUUGACAAGCUCGAGUUUUUCAGUCUGCUCCACCCGGAGACUGCAUACAAUUUCCCCCCUCUGUACCGUGAGGUGUUCAGCAGUGAAAUCACCUUCCCAGACUCCACAAUGGACUAAAAAUCUGUUUAGAUAUGAAAGUGAUUCAUAUAGAGACAAAAAGAUGUAGGGAACGAGAGGUAGGGAGAGGAAUGUGGCAACAGCGAAGUAACCAGCAGCUCUGUGACAACCCUGCACGCUACACUUUAGGACAUACUACUCUCACCUCAGACCUCCACCCAAUGGAGUUGCUUGGACUGUAAGCCAGUCCAGGCUACAAAAUUCAACACUAGGUGCUGGGUACUAUAUGCAUGCUGCCUAUUUUGGGGGGAGUAAAACGGUUCUGAGAAUGUAUUUUUGCAAUCUCAGAUGGUUUUUCUAAGAGCUUUGAGAUCUCCCUUAAGCAGAAGUCCUCUGUAAAACCAGUUUGACUUCUUUUCCAGUUCUCAGUGUAAGUCCUUGUAAGAUAAUCUUGAAUGUACCCCACAGACAUGCAGCACAGCCCAAGGCAUGAGACUGAAUGUACUAUACAAUCCUGCCCCAUUGGAGGAGAUGCUGUGCAGUCUCUUUUUUAUCUUAUUGCAGUUUGACAGCUCCAUUUUAUUCUCCAGUUUCUUAUUUGGUAGUGCCCAUACUUUGCAGUUUUGUAUCCUAUGAACAAACUGUUUAAAGGGACCAAGAUCAAAUGGAUAAGUGGGCACAUUUUUUUGCAUGCAAGACAUGGACGAUGCAACUAUUACCAUGCAUGCAGACUUGCACACACAGCACUAAGACAAAGCACUUAUGCUGACCUAUACAUGUAUUUUUACAGGCACACAUUCAGACACUGAUAUUUUUCAGCUCGACUUACAUUUUUUUUAGGUGCAAUCAAAGACCUCAGUCCCACUACAUUUUCCCUUGCAAAUGCCACUUAGAGAGAGAGCAAGAGAGAAGAAUCACAUAAGUAUAUUUAAAUGUUCUUUAUCUAUACACUUAUAUUUACUCAUGUAAAAAUAAAAUUAGACAGAGAUUUAAAUAUAUAUAUAUUGAGAGGGAGGGAGAGGGGGAGAUGUAUAAUACGUAAAAAUUAUUCAGGUUGUUAUUGUAAAAGAGAAUGUGUUAUCGAUGACUCACCUGGUUAAAUAAAAGCAAAUAAAUAAAAAGAUUUGCCAGUA